GUGAACGUAAGUUGGUCACACCGUGCUUGUAGGAGUCAGCUUCUGCUAAACAGAACCAUGUUUCUAUGUUAUCGGACUAGAAUGUCAAUAACUGGAAUGAGAGUGGCGUAGAAGUAAUGAUCUUAAGUAAAUUCGGAGUCUGUUCAGUCAUGCCAACUAUGAAAUAUAGCAACGAGUGAGAAAAAUGAUUCGAAAAUACCAAAAAGUAAUAUCACGGUCUGUAAAAAUCAAGGUAAAAACUGAUAUAUAAAGGUCCAACAAAGGACAGACUCGCGGUUUGCAAAUUGGUGUACCUGGUCACGUCUAGCUCACCAUUAAAGAUGUAGGUGAUGUGAAGCAUGGAGUACUCACUCAUGAUCUGGUGUGGAUGUGUGACCGAGGUGACUCCAUAAAAUUAAUGUGAUCAGCAUCAAAUUUAGAAGACUCACAAAGCUAUUAACUUUGAGGGUUUAUUUACCACUACAAUUCAUUUUAUCAUUUGGACGAAGAAAUGCUUAGGCAUCAUAUCCGACUUUCGUGAGGCCACAUUUAGAAUGUGGGAUCUGAAGAGUUAGUCCAUGUUUCAAUAUGAAGCUGAUAUCUCAGAAUGAGCCCAACAGCCAGUGAUCAACCUCUUUCCACUAUCUUACCUCAGGUUACUCUCUUAUGUAAAACCGCUUUAUAAUAUAAUGAACGAUGAUCUUGGUAAUAAUACAUUUUUAUUUAAUCUAGCACUGAUCAUCUGGAAAGAUAAUCUAAAAAUGUAAAAAACAGGGAUCUAAUUGUUUUCGUCUGGGGUUCCAUCUCGCACUGAGUAGUUACUUACACGAAUUCUCUACCGCAACACGUAUCAUCAGCAUCUGUUUAUGCAUUCAUGGUGAGAUCGGACCUCCAUAGUGUUACAAGUUGCAACAAGAAAUAUAGACCAAUUGACCUAUCCUUACUGCUGAAAACUGAGAACAGUUCAGUCAAUAGGUCGUCUUCCUGGCUCGCAUUACAAGCAUCUAAUUUUCGGCACAUAUUUGAAUGAAGUGUGGGAAAUGGCUGUCCCACAAUCGUCUUGUUUGUGUUUAUCCGACUCCCCUUCAGAGUGGUUAAAUAAACUUUUAUACCGUGAUAAUCUUCACAGAGAUUUGACAUCUAACUUAGAGCUGGAAAAAUGUAAUUCUGAAGCACUACUUUAAAAUUAUUCCUUAUAUCAGGUAAAGUUUGUUUCAGCGGCACUCGGGAACUUGAUUAUCCAGUUCUUAAUGAUGGCCUCAGCUAUGAAAUUGAGGCAACUAAAUCGUUUCCUCUACCUCCUGAUUUGAUUGAAAAGUUUUCAAGUACAUUUGAUUCCGUAGUAUAAAGGAUAUUUUAGGUAUGCAAACGAACUGUUUGAUGGGAGUUUUCACCUUGUGUGAAAAAGUGUGGGUCACAAUAGACAAUGAAAUAUUUAUGUGGAACUUCGAGGAUGGGUCCGUGCAAUCCAUUUGGUUAACCCAAACUUAUUUUUAGAGAGGACCUAGCUUAUUACGAUGGAGUAAACGACAUUAUUAUAUCUGUGUCUCUAAUCGUGCCCUCAGUUGGUACACUACCAGAGCAUAUUAAAUUCUUAUUAUGUCUAGCAACUCCUUCAGAAAUCUGGCUUCUUGGUAUGAUGUACUCAAAUACGAACAGCAAUCACACAGUGAGAAUGCAAUCUUCCUGUCCUAUUCUGGAAGUAAUGCCAGAUCCUCUCUAUUGCUUACCGACCGAAAAUAAUUACAUUUCUUGUAUUGAAAGUACACCGAAUGGCAGAAUAUUUCUUGGGACUCGUGAAGGAUUUCUAUUGGAAAUGACUUAUAGUUCAAUACCUAACUGGGAUGGUGAUUCCCUACAACCACCCGUUGGUAAAACUGGAUAUUGUACGCUUGUGAAUCACUCUGUUUCUGCACUGAGCUUGUUGUUGCCUUCAAUAAUAACUUCUAGAUUUCAUAAUGGUGAUUCAAUCAUACAGUUGGCUGUAGAUACCUCACGACAUCUACUUUAUUCUCGUACUGAGGACUCCCAUUUGGUGGUUUAUGAAUUUUCAGAUAAAAUAUCUGGUUCUUUUUCACGUUUAUCCUCAUUAUCUGCAUCAGAUCUGGCUUAUCAAGCAUCUUGUAUUGUACGUUCUGUAGACAAAAAUCAAUUUCGAAAUAUAGUUUCUAUUAUCCCAUUAACAACUGGUCUAUGCUAUCUGUUGGCCAUUACAAAAACUGGUAUUCGUUUGUAUUUCGGAGAGAAUUUACGCUUACUGCAUAUAAGGCUUCCUCCUUCCUCACCUUAUGACACUAUCGGUUUAAGUGAUGUAAAACUGGCAGUGGAAACUCGCGGUACAGUGAUUAUGGUGUCUGCUUUACCACAAAAUGUAUCAUCUACCGCUAGCACAUUGGGUAGACUAGGUUCUCGAUAUGCAACGACAACACGCUCUGCUGCUGCUGCUACACUAAACCAGUCCAGUUUAAAUAUGAGUUUGGGACAGUUUUUCACAUCGGAUCUUGACAAUAGUAAUAGUAGUUACAAGGCGGCAGCAGUACUUAAUCAAUCUGAUGAUAAUUUAAAUGUCUUUACAAAACAAAUUCCACCACAUGUUAUCUAUACAAUCAGUCCAGAUUUGUACCCUUGGACACUGAACUUAACGGAGAGUUUUACGACUAGUUGGUGUGUUGAUGGUGGUGCAUGGGCGUUAACGGUUUUACCGGAUAAUCAAUCAUUUGGGGAUUCUAUGGGGAAUGAUCUAGGUGGAUAUUUAGCAAUAGAAAAAAGGAUUUCAAGUUUCUCAGAGUCUUCACAAUCAGAGAAACGUCAAUCACCACGUCGUGGUGAACCUCCAGUUGUGUUAACACAGAUUUUAGAUCCACCAUUUCGACGUUUAUUAUUAAUAUCUGCUCAAGGUGUUGUACAUUUUCGUCUGGCUAACCCAUUAACUCGAUUAACAGAAUAUUUAUCUCGUGAAUUCUCUAAUGCUUCUUUAUUAUUACCGGGAUAUGGUGAUCCUCAAUUAUCUGAUAUGAUUCCUAAUUUUCCAAGUUAUUUAGAGAAUGAUUUAAAGUUAGGCUUGGAAGGUGGUGGUAAUUAUCUAUCCGCAUUUUUACAUCAAUUCAGUCCAGAUGAAGCUAUUUGCACUGCAUUAGCAAUAGGCGCAUCUGCUACAGUCUCAGGUGGAUUAGGCAAAAGUCUUCAACUUGUAGCUGAACAAACUGCGUUAUAUUUUGCUGCUAAAGCCAGUCAAUAUUGGACUCCAGCAAUAAUUCGAACACGCGCUCCUAAUCUAUCUUGCGUCCAAUCUCGUUCACAAUUAUCUUCAGCUACUGCUACUACUCGUGGUACGGAAGAUAAGUCAAUUAAUAGUGCGCUUCAUCUAUUCAGUGGGAUUUGUUUGUUCUUAGCACGAAUUGCACGUUCAUUUUGGAGAUAUUCCAUGUUUUAUGAUGCAACUAGUAUAUGUUCUAAAUGUAAUGUUAAAUCAAUGUCUGGAAUAAAAAAUACUACUACUAAUAUUGGUAGUAAUGGAGGAUUAAGAUCAUGGGUUCGUAGUCUAAUUUAUACUUUAUCAACUGUUUCAACAUUUGGCGGUGGAAAAUCGAACACAUCAUCAGUUGAACAGAUUAUAAUUUCCCGUUUGGAAACAUCUGAAAUUUCAUGGUUACGUAAUCAAAUCAUCUAUUUACAACAAUUAAUUCAACGUCAAUUAAAUAUUCGUGGUGGUUGGUUUCGACUAUCACCAUCGCAUCAUUCUAUUGGCAAUGUCAAUGGUAAUAUUCAUUUAGAAUCUACACUAUCAGAUAAUCCUACUGGUUUAAAUACUGAAGAGUAUAUGGAUGAAGUGGCACUUCAAAGAUUAGCUGAAGAAUUACAUCAUUUAUUAUCUAUGAUUGCAGAGAUAUUAGGGUUUUGGGAGAUAUUGAGUGAACAUGUUGUUCACAAAAUUAUGAAACGACUGUCUAGUGAACAUCGAGAUUUAGCGCUUAAAUUAACUAUUGAAGCAUAUAUAUCAAGUUUGUUAAACAUUCCAUGCAUUGGAUCAGUUAUGAGCAAUGUACAAACUUCAUUAAUUGGAGAUAGUCGGAUAAGUAGAAGUCCAAUAUCAUCCUCAGUUGGUAGCGUAGGCGUUGCCAGUGCAACCACUACUACUGCUCGUACUGGUAGUAGUGUUGGUUUCAAUACAACAUCCAAUCAUACCGGUACUGAAGUUAUCGGUGCAUUAAUUACUGCCCUAAUUGAAUAUUAUCUUGUGGAGGCAAGUGAAGAGUUAGAAGAAGAAAGUCGUAAUAUUCUCAGUACUACCACUGCUAAUAAUAAUCUAACUGUGGAAACUAUCACAUCACGUCUUCAAUCCACUUGUCCUAGUUUAUUCGCAAAUGAAGAUGCUAUGUGUGCUAAAGCUAGUGAAUGCUUAAUCCAAGCAUCUAUAAUUCGAACAAAUCUUUUAUCAUCAAUAAACAAUGGAGAGAAUUUGAGUGAUAUUCAAUAUGAGAAUAGUCUUUCUGACAGGACACAUAUAGAUCAACUGAUUUCUGAAGCAAUCUUAUUAUAUAGCGAAGCUGGACCUAGUAUUAAUUUAGAUAAUGCAGUGCAUCGAUUAGAAAGUUGUGGUGCAUGGCGUGGUGCAGUGAAACUAUGCUUAUCUGUUGCACGUUCACGUGAUCCAUCCGAUAUAGCUGUGGACUGUUUAAAACGAGGUCGUCGUCCAUCUUCUGAUCCAUUAAUUGAUUUUGAUCACAGAUUUACCAAUCGAUCUAAAUUGAAUCGACUUUAUGCUGUUUCGGAAUUAGCAGCCACAGAAGGCAGAUACGAUGCAUAUCGUCGUAUGACUAUUUGUUUAGAUCAUUUACUUCAUGCAGCACAAAUUAAAUCUGAUGCAACUUAUCUUCUUGAACCAAUAUCUACUAAUACUACUACUACUACUAAUAAUAAUGAAACCAUAUUGAAUAAGACCAAUCAAGAUGGUGAAGAAUAUCCAUUCAAUAUUAAUGAAUUAUCUAAUUCAUUAUUUAUUCUAAAUGAAUUAAAUGAUUUAUCAUCACCUCAAUUGGCACGAUCUAUUUUACAAAUCAUUUUAAUGGAUAUUAAUAAAUCUGAUGAUAUAUUGGCACAUUUUGAAGUUUUCAAUUGGUUAUUAUCCAAUGGUCUUACUGAUACGGUGAUGUUAUUAAAUUCAGCGCAUUUUGAAGCAUAUCUACGUUCAAGACUACGUCAAACACCAGAUGAUGCUAAUUUACGUUGUCUUUUAUGGCGUUUAUUGGAACGUCGUGGUGCACGUUUAGAAGCAGCUCAAGUGUUGGAACAUUUAGCUGUUACACCAUGUCAUCAAUUAACUUUAGAGGAUAGACUAGAUUUUGCUGCACGUGCUAUUGUCGCUGUCAAAGCACUUCCAGCUUCUCAACAAGAUUUAGAUUAUUUAAGAGAUCUUGAAGUUCGCUUAGAACUAGCACAAUUACAACAAAUGUUAACAAAUGAAUUAAAACAAUUAAAGAAACAAUUAAGCUAUCAACCAAAACGACAUCAAAACAAACAGACAUCAGGAUCCCCGCCAUCAUCAUCACCGUCAUCAUUAACACGUGGCAGUGGUCAUAUCUCACUUCUAUCAACAACUAUAAAUGAUGAUAUUGAUGAGGCGUUAGGACAGUUAACUCAUGGACCAUUGUUAGGUGUCACUGAAAUGUUUGCCAAUUAUGCUGAUCGAUUUGGUUUACACGAAUCAAAAUUGUUUUUAUUAUGGGCUAGUGGUUCUCAGGAUUCUGCAUUAAUCAAAGCAAUUUGGCGUGAUCUUUUACGUAAAAUACUUAAUCAACCAUCCAUUGAUACUACUGUUACUACUCAAAGUCCAUUGAAACGUUCACCUUCAAUGUUUACUCCAUAUACUAAACCACAAGAUAUUAAAACAACAAAUCGUUCAUCUACAUUACAAUUAAUUGAAUUAACAUUACAAGAUUGUUUAUCACGUUUUGGUAGUCGUUUUUUGAAUGAUUCAAGUACAAAUCAUUUAAAAUGUUCCAUUUAUUUCCCUUUAACUGAUAUCAUUUCCACUUUGGAAUAUUAUGCUAUUCAACAUUCAUUAAAUCCAACAUGGGUACCAACUAUUCUACGUGAUUCACAUUUAUUAUGUAUUGCUAAUAUAUCUGAUGCAUAUAAUGAAUUAAUUCAUUCAAAAGAUUCAUUAUGGCGUCGUGAUGAAUUACAAGAACGUUUAUUUAUUGCAUUAAUAACAAUUAUUGAAGAUUUUUUAACUAAUACAUCUAUUCAAUUACCAUUACGUCAACGUAUGUUACAAGCUGAUCGUAUUUUAAAUCAAAUUACUGGUUUAUUAGUUGAUUUAAAUUCAGAUAUUACCACUACCAACACCCCAACGACAACAAUCAGUAAUAUGAUGGAUAAAACUGGUCAUUUCGGCAAAUUAUCAAAAUCUAAAUGGAUUGAAUGUUUACGUAAUGUACAUGAUCGUUUACAACGAUUAAGUAGAUAAUUUAGGAUUCUUUUUCUCAAUUUGAUGGAUGCUUAAAUGAUCUAAUAUGUUCAUCUUAGAUAGGAUAGUUUUCUUUCUAUAUAAUAAAGGAAAAUUAUAUAAGACAAUGGAAAUACAUUUUUGUACAGUUUUGUUAUCAUUUAUACCCCUUUCAAUAAAAUAUAAAAAAACCUAUAUCUGGGAUUUUUUUUGUUG